AUGUUCGAUUAUCUUUAUCGUGCAGAUUACGAUGACCAUCCCAAAACCCUAAAUGACUUAUGUGGAAAGGACGAAAACCAAGUGGGAGAAUCGCCAAAAGUUGAUGCUGGGCAUCAAGAUACCUCUAUUGACACUCUUCCAUCUCACUGGAGACGUGCACGCAUUAAUGUUCAAGUUUACGUUAUUGCAGACAAGUAUAUGAUAGAUGCAUUGAAAGAGGUAUCCAGGAAGAAAUUGGAGUCUAAUAUGGAAAAAGAGUGGAAUGAAGUCGGAUUCAUCAAUGUUGUGCGAGAUGUGUAUGGGCCUGAGUUUCCACGUGGCUCAGAGCUCUGCAAUGUUCUAGCACGGUUUGCCUUCCAGCACGUUUCCACUCUCAAAAAGUCUCAGCAUUUCCAACAAAUCCGAAAAGACUACCCACAAUUUGGGUAUGAUUUUUGUACUUUGUUGAUGGAGAGUGCCACUGGGGUUGUGGGAUUUUUUGGGGGAGCAAAAACAACACCCUGGUAG